CGCGAGGAGGUGAGCGAACCGUCAUGGCAGGCCGCCUGGCCGCCGGCCUGCGGAACCUGCAGACCGCAGCCAUGGACGAGAUCUCCACGGCGGUCUUCAAGGCGACGACAGACGACCUGUUUGAGCCCAAGGAGAAGCAUGUGGUUGCCGUGGCACGCUGGUCCUGCGAGCCGGAACUGCAGGAGCAGGUCGCGAGCGCACUGGCCAAGCGCGUGUCCACAUGCGGCGCGCGGCCCGUGACCACGGCGAAGACCCUCUUUCUGCUCCACCGCGUCGCCACGACGGGAGAGCCAGAGGCGGUUCUCGGGCCCAGCGUCGCGGAGCUGCGCUCGCUCGUCGAGCGGCGAUCACUCCCGGCCGCGGAACUCGCCUACGCUCCUUACAUCGUCGGACUUUGCGAGUGGGACGACUGCAACCUCUUCCGCCGGCCUGAUGCGCCCGCCUGCUGGCGCGGCAUGCCACUUCCGGCCGUGCUCGAGGGGCUGCGGCCGCUGCAGGCGCUGGCGGAGCAGGCGCUCGAGCUCGCCCUCGACGCGAGCGAGGUGACGACGCCGGCGGUGGCGGCGCUGCGCCUCGCCGUGGCGGAGGACGCCUUCGCCAUGUUUUUGUGCGAGACGGCCGGCGCGGCUGUCCUGCAGGACGGGCUGCUGGCCGCGCCUCUCGCGCUAGUCAACCUGCGGCCGGGAGGGCUGCUCGAGGCGCUGCGUGCGUCAAACAGGCACGCGGAGGACGCUCUGAUGCUGCAGGAGGCGCUCGGCUCGUGGCGCGGCGACCUGCCCCACCUCGACUCUGUCCUCAAGGAGGGGCUGCCGUGGAGCGGCUCCCGCGCGAGGGUGAAGAUCGUCGUCUCGUCCCGCGACUUGCUCGCGCGCACACCCGCGCCGGCGCACACCCCGCUCGUGCUCACGCCGUCCGGGCUCGGCCGCAGCGCGAGCGGCGCACACAGCGACGAGUUUGGCAGGGCGGGCAUCCUGCCGCCCGCGCCGGUGGCGACGGCGCCGGUGCACGCGCCGCUCGCAGUCGAGGUGAGCGAGCAGGACUUGCGCGUCGCCGCGUACGAGGCGCUGCUGCUCGCCGCCGCGGGCGACGGCGGCGGCCCUCUGGUCAGCGAGGAGCUAAUCCACACUGUGCGCGGCCGGCUCGGGCUGCCCCUGCGGACGCACCGCUGCCUCGCCCUCCUCCUGCGCACCGACGAGCCGACCACCUUCCGCCGCGUCGCCACCGAGCCGGCAGGGUGCCCGGCGCACCGCGCUCGCCUCCUCCUCGCCGCUAGGCCGAGCGAGGCCGCGUCGCAGUCGCCGACCGCGGAGGCGGCCGAGGGGGCGGCAGCGCGGCGUGGGGAGGUGCGCGCCUUUGGCAUGCGGCAGCUGCUGCUCCUUCUCAAUGCGCCGCCAGCCGCGCCGCGCACGACGAGCGACCCGGAGACGCGCCUCACACCGCACUUCUCGCUUGCAGGCGCUGCACGAGCGCGGCAUGAGAGGAGCGAGGAGGACCCCCUCCGCGUCUCGCUCGCCGAGCUCGGGCUCGGCGACGAGCAGCCGGGACAGAGGGGCGGCGACGCGCGCGCGCCCGGAGAGGCGGUCGAGUGGCCGCACCAACUCGGGUUCCGGCUCUACUGCAGCUUGCUCGGCGCCACAUACGGCUCGAGCUCGCUCGCCGAGGAGGGGUACGCGUGCGAGGCGGCGGACGCCGACGCCGUCCUCUCGUCGCUCUCUUGCAGCUGGCGGGCCCUCCUCGUCGGCGAGGAGAGCGAGCGCCUCUGCCAGCUGGUGGUCGCCUUUGAGCGGCUCGAGAUGGCGGACGGCGCCGGCGCCCAGCUGCUCGCGGGGCCGGCGCGCACGGCCGAGUGGGUGGCUCGCAGGCGGCUCGAGGUGUUGGCGGCGGUCGUCUCGUACUUGGGCGGCAAGCUGCGCGACUACCGCGGGCACUAUGGCGCCAGCCUCGACGAGAUGGAGCUCGCGGUGGCCGUCUGGUCGCAGUGCAUCGCGUCUGUCGUCCGGCACGUCAAGCGGGCGGCGGCGCAGCUCGCGCUCGAGGGCUGGCGCGUGGGCGUGCUGGCCGCGGCCGUGCGCGAUGAGCUCGAGGCGGAGGGCCGAUUCGCGCGCUGCUUCGACGCGUGCGUCGACGACGGCGCCGCCGACGAGGAGGGGAGCGCGCUGCGGUACGCCGCGCGCCUCUUUGAGCGCGAGAUCGACGAGGACCUGCAGCCCGCCCUCUCCACUUUCGUGACGAUCGAGGCGCACGCCCUCGAGGCCAUCCGCGCGCUCUCGCCCUUGGCCGCCGCCUUCCGCUCCGUGUGCGGCGAGCCCGCCUUGCCGCAGCUGCAGCAGCUCUGCGCCAACCUCUCGGCUGGCUGGUGCACGCAGCUCGAGGCGCUGCUCGCCGAGUCCAUCGGGCGCGCCUCGUGGGAGCCAAUCUCGGGGGGGCGGCCGGCGGUGCUGCGCUCCUCGUCGGUGGUCGACCUCUUCACCCAGCUCGACCAGCUCUGCGACGUCUUCAUCAGCUUCGCCAGCCUGCAGCCCCUCCAGCCCGCCGACCUGCGCGCCUUCACCGACGUCGUCGAGCGCAAGCUCUGCCUGCGGCUCAACAACUGUGCGUGGGCGCGCGAGCAGCUGGGCAAGCUCGCGAGCAAACUGGUUGCAUCGCUGCCAGACCUGACCGCCCUCGCCCGCACGCGCGUCGGCGGCGGCGGCGUCGACACGCUGAUGGCGGGAGGGGCGUCGCAGUGCGACGCGGCGUGCGACGCCAUCGCAAAGUACGUCGCGCGCAAGGUCGUCUACUACGAGCUCGGCUCCGCCUUCCUCACGCAGCUCUACCUGCCGUCGCCGCUCGAUCCCGCCUCGCGCCUCGCGCCGCUGCUGACGCGCCUCAACCCCACCCUCGCCGCCAUCGUGCGCGGCGUCGCGCUCGCCGCCUGGUCAAAGCAGGCGCUGCUCGCCGUGCUCGGCACCUUUAGCCUGGCGCUCACCGCGGUGCUCGAGGCGCCCAACCGGAGAUACGCGCCGGCGCACCGCACCGUGUUGCUGCAGGACGUGCAGCGGCUGGCCGACUUCUUCAUGGACGGCGGCCUGCUCGACGAGCAGGUGGUGGCCGGCUCCGUGUCGCCGCUCCGCGCGCUGGUCGAGGCGUCGUGCGCGGCUUGACGCCACCCUCACGCCGGGGCAGAGUGUACUGCGGGCGCCCCCUCUGUUGUCUUCAUAUGUGGUGAGGCCUACGGCUCUAGGUAUUGUUAC